CAAUUUGGCAGUCAUUAGCUGGCGGUGAAACAAAGCGGCCCAAUGUAUCGAACACUAUUUUUAUUAUAUUCUGCUUCCUAUUUAUCAUAUUUUUUAGUCGCCAGCAGCGAUGUCUCGUCUUUCCAACUGCUUGCAAGAUUGUCCUUCCCAACAGUCGAAACGAAGCCUUACAACAUGCCAAACUCUAACGAGAUCAAUCCUCGUGGAAACUACGGGGCGGAGAAAUUCGAGAGACUCCAGGAGUAUUACAGUUACAUGAACGGCAGGAUGAAGGAGCCACACAAUCCGACUGAGCGAAAGGAGAUCCUUGAAACUGGCGCGAAAAAGCUAUACGCCUUCAUUGACACCCACAUCAAAGAUCUGAAGCGAUUGCUCUUCGCCACUGACACCUGUCUCAUGUCCAUGGUACUUCUGAAACUGAACAAGAAAAUGGACACGUCAGAAACCAAGAUAAAAUCGACGCAAGCCAAGAUUCCCUUCGGACUUUACACCAGCCCUGAAUUCAAAUGCUUAGGCACAUCUUAUUAUAUCGUAUCAGCGCAUAACCAAGAAGAUGCGCAAAUGAUCUUGUCUAGUGAGAGGAAGCCUCAUUGCUACACUUUUAGAGGUGCUUUUGCUUUCAAUGGCUACUACCAUCGCCAUUCUGAAACUACGUACGUAGGACCUCAUGCAGAGCAGUUCCAAGCUAAAGAUCCGAGUCAAGGUCUAUACUGCCAUUCAGACGACAACUGGAGCGAUGCGCAAUGCAUAUAUAAGAUCAAUCCUCGCGAAGAAUUCCCGGAAUCUGUCGAAUACGAACCUAAAGUGUCGUACUGGUGCGGGCCAUAUCGCUACUUCAUUCCAGCCACGACAGACGUGCGAUGCAUCUUCUCCAUAUUCUCAAUGAACUUCAUCUUCAGGUUUGGCUACGACGGCGUGACGUACAAGAGUUCAGAUUUGUCGUUCAUGUACCAAAAUGGGCAGGUGUUCUACACGGACGAGCCGUGGGCUGGCAUGUCUUGCUGGAACUGGGCUUGCAAGUGGCGCCACAAUCAGAAUAUGCGCUCUAACGAGUUCUUUGUCAAUUAAUCGUGGAUUAAAAAUGUUGAGUAUAUUUUUAAAGUA